UUCCCCCCUGGAACGUCGUCUACGUUCAAUACGCGCGCGCGCCUACGGAAUCGCCUGGUCGACCGUCGAACAGUGCCGCCAGAGCUCUCGAAAGGGACACCCGUGGUUUUACAUCCCCCCGACAACAAUCAACCAAAAAUAAACACCCCAAUAUCUUGAAUCUCAAUCUUAAAUCGCGAAUUAACGUCCAUUGCUAAAAAAUCUGGAUAUUCGUGCCUAUAAAAUUCGGUUAAAGUGGUGGAAUAAAAAUACACGAGGACCGGGUGGCGUUAUCAAAGCAAAUCCGUCUGUUUAUCGGUACCGGAACUCGAGUCAAAGGUCACUGGGUAACUGGUGGCAAGCGUUUGCAGUUACCAGUGAUAAUAAACCAUCGUCCUGUUAGGGUGAACAAACCUAACCAUCUUUUCGGGGAUGAAACUCAAUAUUCGAGUCUGUUAAAGUGUCUCGUGAUUAACUUCCGUUUGGAUACUCCCGAUUAUGUUGGGAGGGUCAUGGUAUCCCAGGAAGGUCUCUUAUCACUUACACCCUCGGUUGUCUUGAUGGUUUUAGCGACCCUCUGGAUUAUAACAACAACACCAACAACUUAAAAUCUGGACAAGAUCAUUGUUGGGAAUGUUGAUGUUGAUGUGGAUGUUAAUGAUGACGGAAGUAACAGUAGGGGCAACUCGGGGAGGUGUAACUAAGUGGGAUGAUAUAGAGAAACACUUGGGGUGAUGAAGAAUAAUUGGGUGAAUAUUCAUUAAAUUGGAUGGAGGAUACUUGUGAGAUAACAACCCAAAAUAAUAUUAUUAAAAAAAUAAAUAUUAUAUAAUGAUUAAAAGUUUUAACAGAAACAUAUUAGUGUAUAUAUCGUUAUUAUUUGAGUUGUUUUGUUAUAAUUAUUACUAUAAUUAAUAAAUAUUAUGCUCAUCCGAUGACUGUGACUAGUUAGCGCGGAAUCGAACAGUAUCUCCGCCUUAUUUUAAGUAUAUCAUGAUAAUAGAGGUAAAAUAUAUUAAAUAUUAAUGUUAAAUGUUAAAUGUUAGAUAGACAACUGUUAAUCGGUGGGAUUAGCUACGUGUAAAAUUGUGUGGCUCGCCAGCUGAUGUCGGGAUCGUUAAGCGGGCGGCAAGCACCAACUGAGCCACCGGGUCACGAUGAUCGCGUGUCUAAUGACUCCGUGAAUCACCAUGAGCAGAUCUGACUGCCAGGGGAGUUUACAAUCGCCAAGAAUGCGAGCAUUGAUACCAAUAAUUGUCUUUUUAGUGAUGACCAUUAUAAUGAUGAUGAUGAUGAUACAAGUGAGGAAAAUGACAAUCCCGGUGGUGAAAACGGUUAAGCAGGAGUCAAACGGAUGGAUGACGACGAGCCAAUGACAUCUCGACGAGCCGGGGGGGAGGGCAGAGCUCCUCCAAGUCCCUCGAGCAGCGGGUCCGAGGACAACGGGUUUUCAACCCGUCCGAGAGUAGUCGGUGUUUAUGUUAAGAAUCUGAGCCGUCAGGAGCUCGACACCUUCGUUCAGGAGGACAUCUACGGGGUCACUCCGACGACUUCUCGCGGCAAGGAGGAGGCUCCUCCAGUUUCUCAGUCUCAGUCCCAGUCCUCGUCCUCCUCGACUUCGCCUUCCUCGACGACCUACUCGAUUUCCACGAGGACCUCGCUGUCAGGAAGAAGGGACAGGGCUCCUGGAUCCUCCAGGGAUUUGAGGCGCCGGAGGCAGGAGGAGGGAAGGCCUCGUAGGACUCCCGAACCUGGUGAUGACCCCCGGAGAACGGAACCUGAGCCCGAGCCCGAGAUGGAGAAAGACGGCAACCUUGGGAGGUCCUCCAGGAACAGCAACGAGGACAAGAACUCGGAAGACGACUCCUCCAGGCUCUCUCCUAGCGGGUAUGAGGUCUUUGAUCAGGAGGACUCCUCCGAGAGGACCAUUCGUCAGUACGCCGACGACUCCGAGCCGGAAGUAGUCCUGGAGGUCGACGACAGGGAGCGUGGGAGAGCCUCCAGGGAGGGCCAGGAGGUAUCCCAGUUUGAGGACAUGUUCCCCAGGUGCUUCGCCAGGAGCCAGACUCAGAACACCGAGGAGGUUCGGGAGGAGGACAGGGAGGUCAGGGUCACCUCCAGGUUCCGGUCUCAGGAUAGUAUGAGACUGAGACCUCCUUUGGUUGGAACCGCGGGCACUUCUGCGGAUUCUGGGACCGGGGACUCGGCCAGUGCGGAGAUCCAGGUCGAGGCUCUGGGGAGCUUGACGCAGACCCCCGGGGACAAUGAGGAGGACAAUGAGGAGGAGGAUAAUGAGGACGAGUACGAUAAUUUGAAGCGCGAGUAUGACAAUACGCCUGGUGAGGAGCAGGGCCAGGGUGGAAUCAGUGGUGGUGAUGGUGCUGGUGGUUUUUGUGGUAGUGCUAGUGGUACUGGUGCCAGUGGGUUCGGGUACAGUGGCCCUAGAUCUGGGAAACAAACUGUUAAACCCUUUACUAAGGAGAGCCUCGACAGACUCGAGAGCAGGACUGUUCAGCUAGUCAGGGAGUACGGGUUCCAGCCGAGGAGGAAAACUUCGGUAGAGGACGGCGCCGUGCUUCCGAAUAAGUUCGAGCCUUUUCCGUCCGGGCUUUACGGCAGGCCGCUUGAGGAGAUUGAUAAUUUUAUCUACGAUGAGACGUUUUGCGUAGUGUCCAAAAGAUUUCGCAAGAACUACAUCCACCGAUUUACAGCAACCAACAGUUGGUUUUUAUUUUCGCCUUGGAAUUCAAUUCGACGUUGCUGCAUCUUCCUAAGUACCAACCAGUUUUUUGAUUACAUGGUUAUGCUGACCAUUGUACUUAAUUGUGUCUUCCUCGGCAUGACCGAGCCGAUCGAAGAAGCUGAAUAUAUCUUCCUAGCAAUCUACACCCUGGAAAUGGUGAUAAAGUCAAUAGCAAAGGGUUUUAUACUCAAUAAAUAUACCUAUCUAAGGAAUCCGUGGAAUUGGCUGGACUUUGUCGUGAUAACAAGUGGUUACGCGACUAUUGGAAUGGAAGUCGGUAAUUUAGCGGGUUUGAGAACAUUCCGGGUGCUCAGGGCGCUAAAGACCGUCUCUAUUAUGCCUGGCCUCAAGACCAUCAUCAAUGCCCUCUUGCACAGUUUCAAGCAACUCGCGGAAGUCAUGACCCUUACCAUUUUCUGUUUGAUGGUUUUCGCGCUUUUUGCUCUUCAAGUUUACAUGGGUGAGCUGCGUAACAAGUGUGUCAGGCAUCAGGAUCCUAAUGACACUACUGUCGACUGGCAUGUGUGGGCUUGGAAUUCGUCCAAUUGGGCAUUCGGCGAGGACGAGAAUCCUAUCAUCUGUGGGAAUGUCACCGGCGCCAGGCACUGCAAAGAGAACUACACUUGUCUGUGCGUGGGACCGAACCCGAACCACGGGUACACGAAUUUUGAUAGCUUUCUGUGGUCAAUGCUCACUACUUUUCAAUUAAUUACUCUCGACUACUGGGAGGAUGUUUACAAUAAGGUGUUGUCGGCGUGCGGGCCUAUCAGCGUCACGUUUUUCACGGUGGUCGUGUUCUUCGGGUCGUUCUACCUCAUCAAUUUGAUGCUUGCCGUCGUGGCCUUGAGCUACGAGGAAGAAGCUGAAAUUACUAACGAGGAAAGAAAAAAAGACCUGACUGACCAUCGCGAAGACUCGACGUUUAGUUUCGACCCGACGAAGAUCAACAUCAAAACCCUAACGAAGGAGAAGCAGAAAAAAAUAGAUGCGCGCAAGGGCGUUCUGCUGAGCAGCUACACCAGGAAAAAAACUCGAAGAAGAAAACGAGGAAGAAGCUCCGCUGGCCAGGAAAAAAACGGGGGAGCCAGGAGCAGGUCCUUGAUUAAAAAACGCGAUCACAGGUCAGCGACACCGAGCCCGAGUCCGAGUCCAAGGCACUCAAAUGUCCGGCCAUCAAAUCUACCUCUCCAGGUGGCGCCACCCCGGCCACCGGACCCAAUCCACCGACUGGCCCCGCACCGAGGAAUGCUUCACUCGCGCCAAGCCAGCAACAACAGCAACCAGCAGUCUUCGCUGGAUGACUCGGGUGUCGUUGAUGAUCACGAUGGCGAUGACGUGACCUCGGCUGAAGAGCACGAACGGCGAGAGCAUCACCAUCGUGAGCACAAGCACCGCGAGCCCCGUCUCGAACGACAAGAAAGGAUGCAGAUGGUGACCACCACCACUGGCGAACGCACCCUUCUUCCCAUCGCCCCGGUUACUGUUUCCGUCAGGAGCAAAAGCCGGGAGAUUCGGGUCCUCAAAUGCAACGGGGUCAAAACUAAGAAACAAAUGUACACUCUGCCUCCUGAGUAUUUGUCCCAUAUUGUUGUCAUUGAUGAUCUUCCUGACAGAAAUUGCGACAAAUGUAUUCAAUGUUGUGUUGAUUACGAGGGCUGGUUGCGUUUUCAAAAUUGUUUAUAUAAGGUGGUCCGCGACCCAUUAUUUGAGCUAACGAUAACCCUGUGCAUAGUCCUAAACACGGGUUUUCUAGCAAUGGAGCACCACGGAAUGAGCGAGAACGUCCGUCAAGCUUUGAACAUCGGCAACAAAGUCUUCACAAGUAUCUUCACGUUCGAGUGCUUCCUAAAGUUGCUCGCACUGAGCAAAGACUUUUUCAACAACGGGUGGAACAACUUUGACCUGAUAAUCGUAUCGGCGUCCCUGAUCGACCUGACAUUCGAAUUAGUGGACGGUCUAUCAGUAUUACGAGGCCUGCGACUUUUGCGAGUUCUCAAGCUUGCGCAGUCCUGGACCACGAUGAAGGUCCUGCUCAGCAUCAUAAUCUCCAGUAUCGAAGCUUUGGGAAACCUGACACUGGUGUUGGUGAUCGUGAUCUACAUAUUCGCCGUGAUAGGCAUGCAAUUGUUCAGCAAGGACUACACACCAGAUAAAUUCUACCCGGACCCAGUUCCACGGUGGAACUUCAACGACUUCUUCCACUCUUUUAUGAUGAUCUUCCGGAUCCUCUGCGGAGAGUGGAUCGAGCCGCUUUGGGACUGUAUGCGUGCGGAAAAAGACGAGGGUCCGGAAACUUGUUUUGCGAUAUUUCUUCCAGCACUGGUGAUGGGCAAUUUCAUGGUUCUGAACCUCUUCUUGGCCUUGUUGCUCAACAGCUUCAACUCGGAGGAGUUGAAGCAAAAAAAACAGGAAGUGGGUGAGGAUUCAAAAUUAGCGCGGUCAUUUGACCGGAUCAGAUCUAUCGUCAGGAAAAAACGCUACAGAAAAGAACGGACCGAGAAUGAGAAGAACACCAGGUUGGAACAAAUUGUCCGUGAAGUUAUGGACAAGUCUGAUAAAGAAAAAUACGCGAUUCAAGAAACCGUUUUGAGCUUGCCCAAGGACAACAUUUACAAUCGGUCUUAUCAAGAAAGCUUGAACCAGCCGGUGUUUACCUACGAGCCGAUCUACCACCGUCAGGCCACUGUCACUACUUACAGCCACAGUAGCCAAGAAACUGUGAGACCUGCGGGAAAGUUGGACGAGGGCAAGGGCGAUAGCAAUGAGACCAAUCCUGAGGAAAGUAUCGAGAUGGAGAUUCUCAAAGAUUCUGGCAGAACUCCUGAAGAUGAAGAAAGAUUAGCGAUGCUUCCACGUCCGCAAAAGGACAAAGAUAAGGAAAAGGAGAAGGAGAAAGAGAAGGAGAAGGAGAAGGCGGAGACCAAUGAGUCGAUGAUGAUGAUGUCCUCGGUUACGAUGAUGACGACAAUGAGGCAAGACGAACUGCAGCAGCAAGCCGCGGCCAAGCAGAAAAGACCUUGGCACGCGCUCGUUAGCUACGUCGACGAGCUCACUGUCGGUGGAAGGCGCGAUAGCAAAGGACGUUACAUCGACGGCAUGGGCUCCUUUCCAGGCUUUGGCAGAAAUAAGCAAAACAGGGUACCUCAGGAUUGCUUUCCUCAGCAUUGCUAUCAAAAAUGUAGUUGUAUUAAUCAAUGUAUCGCCACGGAUCUGGGGCACAAAUGGACAAACUUACGCAUAGUUGUAUUGUCGAUUGUCGACACCCCGGGCUUUGAAUGGAUGAUCCUGGCAUUUAUAUUUGCCUCGUCUGUCACCCUUUGUUUCGAGGACAUAUAUCUCGACGACAAUCCAUUCCUGAAGGGCAUUCUCUACUGGACAAACCUGGGAUUCUGCCUGCUAUUCACCGUCGAAAUGGUGCUUAAGUGGAUCGCGCUCGGAUUCUGUAAAUACUUUACAAGUUUCUGGACAAUCUUGGAUUUUAUCAUUGUUUUCGUUUCGAUGUUUAGUCUUUUGAUCGAAGAAAAUGAAAACCUCAAAGUACUGAGGUCGUUGAGAACUCUCAGGGCAUUGAGGCCACUCAGGGCAAUCUCAAGAUGGCAAGGCAUGAGGAUUGUAGUGAACGCGUUGAUGUACGCCAUACCUAGUAUUUUCAACGUGCUCCUCGUCUGUCUCGUGUUUUGGCUCAUUUUUUCUAUAAUGGGAGUUCAAUUUUUCGGAGGAAAGUUCUUCAAAUGUCUAGACGAGAGCGGCGAAUUGCUAGACAUUUCGAUAGUAAACACGAAGAACGAUUGCCUGAAUCUAAAUUACACUUGGGAGAACAGCAAGAUAACAUUCGAUCACGUUGGUGUUGCUUAUCUGGCGUUGUUCCAAGUCGCGACCUUCGAGGGCUGGAUGGAAGUAAUGGAAGACGCGGUUGAUGCAAGGGGCGUUGACCUUCAACCUCAAAGGGAAGCUAAUCUAUGGGCUUACGUAUACUUUGUUAUUUUCAUCGUAUGCGGCUCAUUCUUUACUCUUAAUCUAUUCAUCGGAGUUAUCAUUGAUAAUUUUAAUAUGCUUAAAAAAAAGUACGAAGGUGGCGUGCUAGAAAUGUUUCUGACCGAAAGUCAGAAGCACUACUACACAGCCAUGAAAAAACUAGGCCGUAAAAAGCCUCAAAAAGUAAUAAAACGUCCGAUGAAUCAAUUCCUCGCCAUGUUCUACGACUUGUCCAACUCCAGGAGGUUUGAAAUAGCAAUAUUCGUACUGAUAUUUUUGAAUAUGCUGACGAUGGGUAUCGAACAUUACAACCAGCCGCACCCGGUGUUCUUUAUUUUGGAAGUGUCGAACGCAUUUUUUACGACAGUGUUUGGGCUGGAAGCUAUCGUUAAAAUAAUAGGUCUGCGGUACCACUACUUCACGGUGCCAUGGAACCUGUUCGACUUUAUACUGGUGCUGGCGUCGAUCCUCGGAAUCCUCAUGGAGGACAUAAUGAUAGACUUUCCCGUGUCACCGACGCUCCUGCGGGUCGUGAGGGUGUUCAGAAUCGGAAGGAUACUGCGGCUUAUCAAGGCUGCCAAGGGUAUUCGGAAACUGCUGUUUGCGCUGGUCGUUAGUUUACCGGCGCUGUUUAACAUCGGUGCUUUGCUCGCACUUAUUACGUUUAUUUAUGCAAUUAUCGGCAUGUCGGUCUUUGGACACGUUCGCAAGCAGGGUGCUCUCGAUGACAUGGUGAACUUCGAGACCUUUGGUCGGAGCAUGCAGCUGUUGUUUCGCUUGAUGACGUCGGCAGGAUGGAACGACGUCCUGGAGUCUCUGAUGGUUCAACCGCCGUUGUGUGACCCUACCCCAACCGCCCGGCAGUUGAACGGAGACUGCGGGUUACCCCUCCUAGCCAUUACGUACUUCACGUCCUUCAUCAUCAUCAGCUACAUGAUAGUCAUCAACAUGUACAUCGCUAUUAUCCUGGAAAACUUUAACCAGGCGCACCAAGAAGAAGAGAUCGGCAUUGUCGAGGAUGAUCUUGAGAUGUUUUACAUCAGAUGGUCAAAAUACGACCCUCAUGCAACGCAAUUCAUCCGGUUUUCACAACUGAGCGACUUCAUAGCGAGCUUAGACCCUCCGUUAGGAAUUUCAAAGCCCAAUGUCGUAGCAUUGGUGAGCUUUAAUCUUCCUAUCGCCAAAGGAAACAAAAUACACUGUCUGGACAUCCUACACGCACUUGUCAAGCACGUCCUUGGACACGUCGAGGAGUCUGAAGACUUUAGAAAACUCCAGGAGCAAAUGGACGUUAAGUUCAAGAAACAGUUCCCUACGAGGAAGGAGUUGGAGAUCGUGUCGUCCACGAGGAUCUGGAAGAGGCAGGACAAAGCUGCCAGACUUAUUCAACGCACUUUCCGCGAAUAUAUCACAAUGAAAAAAGAACGUGAAAGAAUAGCACACGAGGUAGAUUCGCAAACCCAAACAUCGAGUCCGGGUGGCAUGGGCAGCGAAGGCAGAGGCGGUGGGUGGGGUGGUAAGUUAUCGGCCCUUCUCCACGUACACCGGGGAAGUAGGGCCAGUAGCCGCAAGUCCUCCAGGGCCAGCGACGCCAGCGAUCUUAGCGAGCUAGGGACAGCAUCGGCUUGGUUAUUCCCAAAUUUACCUUUGCUGCUUCUCUCCGGCGCCACCGGGACCCACGAGGACCUGCAGCCACCCUCCUUGACCGUGUCCCGUCCCUCGCCCACCAUGGAACAGCCCUCGGCUACCUCCAGCUCCGGCUCCGACUCUCACGUUACUGUCAGAUCCUCUGGAGCGACACUUGGGCGGCAGGACGCGGUGGAAUCGUAUCCCGACGAGGACGUCCUGAGUCCACCGACCUCAAAACGGAGCUCAAUAAGGCCGAGUGGGACCGCAUUGUCGCUGAAUAUUCUUCAGCGUGACAUAAAAGAAGCAAUAACCCGUCGGUGUGGAAGCUUAAGGGGCAAAAGAAGUGUUCCUAUCGUGGAACCAGCGCCACUGCGCAUUCCCGACGCUAGCGACGUCAGUAUUUUGGUAACAGAACCAAGUCCCGAGACCACAAUACCGCCCGUAAGGCCGCCAUUGCUUCGCCAGCAGUCCGAAGCAACGGUCGUCCAUGUUCUUGUUCACCGCGAGAGUGAAGAGUAUCAGGACGGUCAUGACAACAGCUGAUCUUAGUUUGAUCAAACGUUCAUAAUAAAAAUUAAUAUCUUUCCUCCAUUGGUCGUUUUAUGACCUCUAAGUAAUUAAUUAAUUAAUUAAUUAAUUAAUUAAUGAUAAUUUAUUCCUUUAUCAGACGCAAGUCUUCCGUGAAAUGCAAUACUAAUAUAAAAAAUAGGCAAUGAUUUAAUUUUUAUUAUGCAUCUGUAGUCAUGAUCUAUCUCUUGAUCUCAUCUUACCUCAUUUCAUUACCGAUAAUUAUAAUUAUUAAAAUUAAUAUUAAUAAUAAAAGUUAAUCACGCCGAUUAAUCGGCAGUAGAAGCCUGAAGAUGAUGUACUGCCUCGUAAGUAGAAACAAGUAGAAACAAGCACGCGUAUCAGAUCGAUUUACAUUCGAAAAUUCGCCAUUUUGUUUUUAGAAUUAGGAUUAAUAAAUAUUAAUAAUUAAAAAUAUUCGUCAGUAUUUAUUACUUUGGAUGAAUUUUUGAAACCUUUUCUAUCGAAAAAUAAUUUAGAAAUUGUCAUUUCGAUCUGAUACGACCCACUUAGUUAAUUAGAUAAGUGUUUAUUGUAAUAAAUGCGAUAAUUUAUCAGAAAAACCGUCACACGGACAAAAAUAUUUGUAAUAUCAACUUUUCGUUGGAUUUAAUGUUAUUAGACGCAGUUAGAUCUUUGCUUUGGACGAUUUUUCGUUUUAUUCGCCCUACUGUAUGCGAGAAGACUAGAUCGAAGGCCAUCUAGCGGUGAUUUGAGAAACUAUUGCUAUUAUUUGUGUUACUGACGAUUGUGGUCGAGUUUUAGGGACAAAUAAUCUUACUUUUUGUCGUUUUAAAGUUAAAUUGUUUGCUGACUAUGCAUCCGGAGGAAAUAGAAGCGUUUUUAUAUUUAAUUUUGGAUUUUUUGAGAGGAAAAAUAUAGCAGGCAUCUUACAAUUAUUGUUUUUGUAGAUAAAUUAAAAAUAAAAAGCACAAGAAAAUUUUGUAUAAUUUUUUACAGAAUUUUUUCAAAUUUCUAUCCAAUAAAUAUUUAUUUUUGUUGUUAUAAAAAAAUGUCAGACGUCUGCUAAAUUUUUUUUGUCAAAAAUAAUGAAUUAUAAUUAUUUCAAUGGAUGUUAAGAUUUUAGUGGAUAAAGUAAGUUUUAUUCGGGAUAAUAUUUUUAUUAUUCAAGUGUCCUGCCAGCUGGCAACUAUUUUAAAUUUAAUAUAAUCCGACAAUAUUUUCUUUAAAAUUUAAAUUUCACUAUUUAAAUAUUAUAUUGUUUGUUCUUUCGUAUUUUCUGUUUAAACUUUCAACGCACUAAAACACAGUUGCGCAACAUUAUCUAUCAAAAAGACUUAGUUAUAUACUUGGGGGAAAGUUUCUUUAGUAUCCCUAAAGAGAUUUUGGGUAAAGUUUGCCGAAACGGUGAUCGAUUGACAGCCGAAUGGGAAUUCUUAACCGGGAUUACUAAACUUGGAAAAUUUUUACUCUGCUUGCAUAGUCAACUUUUUUUUUUUUUUUUUAUUUAAACUUAUAUUAGCGAAUUAUUAAGUACGAUAAAAUUAAUUAGUUUCAUAAAAUGACAAUUUAAAACAACGAAAUUUAUUUAUUAUUAUUGUUUAUUUUCGUUCGACCGUCAUUUUAUGAAAUUAAUUAACUACGUGUAAGUCAAUUAAUCUUAAUCCUGGGUCGAAUAAUAAUUAACUUCUCAGAUUAUAAAUAAU